AUGUCGGGCCGCUACCGGGAGGGUCCGCCCCCGCCGCCCAGCUCACGCGCCCCGCGGAACCAGCCAGCGGCGGGAGGCGGCAGCGAUCCGGGAAGAACGCUGCGCGCGGGGGGGCGGGGGCGGCUGCCCAGCGGGACGGCCCAUCCCCGUCCCGCCGGGGAAGGGUUAAGGAGGACCGGCUGCUCCUCCCCCUUUCCCGCUGCGAGGGGGAGCCGCGUGAGGCCGCGGCCGCCGCGCGCCGCUCGGUCAAAACGACGGGACCCAGAGUCGGCGCUGCGCCGUUUGAACAUGACCUCCCCUUCUCACGCGACCUUCCUGGCUACCCCUUUCCCUCCGCGGCGUUGUGCGGCCGCUGGACGGGAUCUCGGUUUCGCCAGGUACAAGUUUGCAAAGUCUAAGACUGUUCUUACAAGGAUGAGAGUUUCAAAGGGCCUCAACACUAUUGAUGGCUUUAAUGUAGCUGCUAGAAAUGGCAAGUACGCGCCGCUUCGGCCUGUCGGCGACUUCAGCCCCGGUCCUGAGCUGACGGCGACACGGGCAACGUCCCACGCCUUGCUGCAGCCCCCCUUCUUCGUCAGGGAAGCCCGAGGACCCCGGCAGCGCCCGGGUGCCGCCGCAGGUCUGGCGCAGUCUGGGUGUUUUUCUCCACCAGGAGCUGUUCUUAUCAGAAGCAGUAAUGGCCAGCUAAUGCUGGUAUCUCAACAAGCAAUAGCACGAGCACAGAACCAGCCGCAAAAUAACACAAGCGUGAGACCAGCUGUACCUACCAGCACACCUGCAAUCAGAAUAUGUGCUGUACAGAACUCUGGCACCCAGUUACUAAAGAAAGUAGCAGCUGCUCCUGUGAAAACAUCUCAAACAACAAAUGCUGUGGCUUCUACUGUUCAGUCACCUACUGUAAUACGGCCAGCAGCUGCAACAGCUAGUGUUACUACAGUUACUGCUGUAAAGCCUUCGAGUACUGCAACACCUGUAAAACUUCCAGUUACAGGACCACCUGCACAAGCUAUCUCCCAAAAGGCAGUCUCUGUGAAAGCAGAGGGCACAACAGUAGCACAGACCAGCGCUUCUACAGAGAUGAUAGAGAAUGUGAAGAAAUGCAAGAAUUUUCUUGCUACACUAAUAAAACUGGCAUCUAGUGGACCUCAGGCCCCUGAGAUGGGGCAGAAUGUGAAGAAUCUGGUGCAAAAUCUUUUGGAAGCAAAAAUUGAACCAGAAGAAUUUACAAAAAAGCUAUAUAUAGAGCUCAAGUCGUCUCCACAACCGUAUUUAGUUCCUUUUCUCAAGAAAAGCAUGCUUGCCCUACGGCAGCUAAUGCCCAAUGCCCAGAGCUUUAUCCAGCAGUGUAUGCAGCAGCAAGUUCCAACCCAAGAAGCUGUUUUGACUUGUACCUCUGCAGCACCAGCUCCUUCGAUAGCAGUGGCAACCUCAGCUGGAGCAACAACUUCUAUUCCAGUUAUAAAACCAGUGUCUGCCUCUGUAACAGUCACAGCCCGUCCGGUUAUAAAACCAGUCCUUGCCAGCACAUCAGGUUCUGUGCAGACCGUGAAGCCUGUUUCUUCCUCUGCAGUGGUGACAGCAUCUCUUUGGCCUGCAGCUUCGGCCCUCACCACGACAACAGCAACAUCAGGGCAGGCUGCUGUCCAAACUGUCAAGCCGGUCUUCACCUCCGCAGUAGCGACGUCCUCUCUCCAGUCUGCAAAGCCAGUGCUGGUCUCUACAGCAGCAUCUUCAGCAAAAGCCCCUCUCCAGCCUUCUCUGAAACCAGCCAUUGGAACCCCAAUCAGUAUUAAAAUCUCACAGCCGAACUCCGUCGUUGCGCAGUCAGUGGGUACUCAGCAGGUGGUUAAAGUGAAACAGUUGGUGGUCCAACAACCAUCAGGAACCAUUGUAAAGCAAGUAUCCACGCUCCCGCAACCUUCAACACUGACCCUACAGACAUCUGCUGGGGAAAGGAUGCCGCUGAAUACACUUGUUCAAACUAACCAGUUUCCUGCAGGUUCCAUUCUGAAACAAAUUACCCUGCCAGGAAAUAAAAUUUUGUCGCUUCAAGCAUCUCCUGUUCAGAAAGCUAAAAUAAAAGAGAAUGGAGCAACAUCCUUCAGAGAUGAAGAUGACAUAAAUGAUGUGACUUCAAUGGCUGGAGUCAGUCUUAACGAGGAGAACGCGUGCAUUUUGGCAACAAACUCUGAGCUCAUUGGUACAGUGAUCCGUUCUUGUGCAGAUGAACCUUUUCUCUCCUCGGGAGCGCUUCAGAAGAUGAUCUUGAACAUAGGUAAAAGGCAUGACAUUAUGGAACUUAACUCUGAUGUUGUGAACUUGAUCUCCCACGCUACACAGGAGAGAUUACGAGGGCUCCUAGAAAAACUAACUGUAAUUGCUCAGCACAGAGUAUCAACCCACAAGGGGAGUGAUAGGUAUAUCGUAUCUAGUGACACCAGAGCACAGCUGAGGUUUCUUGAAAAGCUUGAUCACCUAGAAAAGCAGAGAAAGGAUGAAGAGGAACGGGAAAUGUUGCUUCGAGCAGCCAAGAGCCGUUCCAAUAAAGAAGAUCCAGAGCAACUGCGGUUAAAGCAGAAAGCGAAAGAGAUGCAACAGUUGGAGUUAGCACAAAUGCAACAAAAAGAAGCCAACCUCACAGCUUUGGCAGCCAUUGGACCAAGGAAGAAAAGACCAUUGGAUUCAUCAAACGUUGGAUCUGGGCUGGAGGGUUUGAAUGGCAAUGGAAUUGCUCCUGGAUCAUCAGGUUUUAGCCUUACGAAACAGCUGCUCUGUCCAAGAAUAACCCGCGUCUGUCUCAGGGACUUGAUAUUCUGCAUGGAACAAGAGAGGGAGAUGAAGCAUUCUCUAACCUUGUACCGUGCUCUUCUGAAAUGAUUUGAAUUUUACAUUUCACCUUGCUGUCUACUGCCAAAGAAAACACUGAAGCAUUGUUGCACUGUCUUGAAAUUCCAAUUUCUGGAAAAUGAUCCGUUGUAAGGAUAACUCUUGUUUACAGAUAAACAUUUUUAUU